AUGUUGGUCUCUAAAGAAAUUAUGAAAUUCAAAUCAUACCAGAACCAGGCUAAUUUGUUUGUGAAGGAAUAUUUAUUAGCAGACCCUCUGAUUCCAUAUACUUCCAUUAUUGGUGGCAUAUUUGCUUGCAAGAUGGUCUACGAUCUCACUCAGCUUUUUAGCACUAUUCAUUUUAAAAGCUAUUCCAGUCUCACUAAAAUCCAACGUAUUGAGUGGAAUAACCGUGCUAUGUCAACAAUCCAUGCCAUAUUUAUAACAUCUAUGUCUUUGUACUUGGUGUUUUGCUCAAAUCUAUAUUCUGAUAGCCAGUCAGCUGAACUUCUUACAGAACGGAGUACUGCGUUGUCUACGUUUGCUCUGGGGGUUACUGUUGGUUACUUCAUGGCUGACCUAGGGAUGAUAUUUUGGUUCUUUCCUUCUCUUGGUGGAUAUGAAUAUGUGAUCCAUCAUAUGUUUUCGUUAGUAGCAGUAGCCUACUCAAUGUUGAGUGGAGAAGGGCAGCUGUACACGUACAUGGUCCUCAUUUCCGAGACAACCACUCCCGGAGUCAAUUUGAGAUGGUAUCUUGAUGUAGCCGGAAUGAAAAGGUCAAAAGCUUAUCUCAUCAAUGGGGUUGUAAUAUUCAUUGCUUGGCUGGUUGCCAGAAUACUUUUGUUCGUUUAUAUGUUUUACCACGCUUACUUACACUUUGAUCAGGUUCAGCAGAUGCACCCCUUUGGACAAAUACUAGUUGUUGUUGUGCCAGUGGUGCUGUCAAUUAUGAACUUGAUUUGGUUUUCAAAGAUUAUCAAAGGGCUAAUGAAGACAUUGGCAAAGAGGCAGUGA